GUGCAACAGAUUGUUUAAGGAAGAGGACUAAUUUUGUACACAUAGUAUUUACUACCUUUUAAUAAUUGGAUCAGAAGAUGAACCCAACCAAUCCUUUCAGUGGGCAGCAGCCUACUGCAUUUCCGGCAUCUUCUGGUAGUUCCAUAGGAGCAUUUCAGACUAAGCCUCCAUUCCAAUUUGGUCAGCCUUCUCUUUUUGGACAAAACAAUACUUUAUCUGGGAAGAGCUCAGGAUUUUCCCAGGUACCCAGCUUUCCAGCGUCUUCUGGAGUAAGUCAUGCUUCUUCAGUGCAAACAUUGGGAUUCACCCAAACCUCAAGUGUUGGACUCUUUUCUGGCCUUGAACACACUCCCACUUUUGUAGCUACGUCUGGGCCUUCAAGGUCAUCUGUGCCUGGAAACCCAGGAUUUAGUUUUAAAUCACCCACCAACCUUGGGGUUUUCCCAAGUACUUCUACUUUUGGAUCAGAAGCUGCAGAAAUAGCAAGUUCUGGUUUUGGGAAAACAGAAUUCGGCUUUAAACCUCUGGAAAAUGCAGUGUUCAGACCAAUAUUGGGGGCUGAAUCUGAGCCAGAAAAAACCCAGAGCCAAAUUACUUCUGGGUUUUUCUCAUUUUCCCACCCAAUUAGUAGUGGACCUGGGGGCCUGGCCUCUUUUCCUUUUCCUCAGGUAACAAGUAGCUCAUCUACCAAUUCAAAGUUUACCUUUUCAAAACCAGUUAAUAGUAGUAAUUCAUCAUCUGCCUUUACCCCUGCUUUGUCAAACCAAAAUGUAGAGGAAGAGAAGAGAGGACCUAAAUCAAUAUUUGGAAGUUCUAAUAGUAGCUUUAGUAGCUUCCCCAUAUCAUCUUCUGGGUCUUUGAGUGAACCCUUCCCAGUUAGCAAAACAGGUAUCAGACAAGGAUGUGAAGAAGUUGCUUCCCAGAUGGAGCCAUUUCCUAGCCUCGUGAAAGGACUGAAAAGGAAAGAGGACCAGGAUCGCUCCCCAAGGAGACACAGCCAUGAGACUGCCGAAGACUCAGACCCCCUGUCCAGGGGUGAUCAUCCUCCGGAUAAACGACCUGUCCGCCUGAAUCGACCCCGGGGAGGCACUUUGUUUGGUCGGACAAUACAGGAUGUCUUCAAAAGCAAUAAAGAAGUAGGUCGUCUGUGCAACAAGGAAUCUAAAAAAGAAAUUGGCUUUGUCGAGUCUGGGGAAAGUGACCAUGUGGCCAUCCCAGGAGGGAGUCAGUCUGUCCUGGUACCUUCCCGGCUCCCAGGUGUGAAUAAAGAGGAAGAAACUGAAAGUAGAGAUAAAAAAGAAGAUUCUCUGAGAGGAACUCCUGUGUGUCAGAAUAAAAGAAGAGAGAGCACAGAUAGUCUUGGGGGCUUAUCUCCCUCUGAAGUCACAGCCAUCCAGUGCAAAAACAUCCCUGACUAUCUCAACGACAGAACCACUCUGGAGAACCACUUUGGCAAAAUUGCUAAAGUGCAGCGCAUCUUUACGAGGCGCAGCAAAAAGCUUGCAGUGGUGCAUUUUUUUGAUCAUGCAUCAGCAGCCCUGGCUAGAAAGAAGGGGAAAGGUUUGCAUAAAGACAUGACUAUCUUUUGGCACAAGAAGAAAAUAAGUCCCAACAAGAAACCCUUUUCCCUGAUGGAGAAGAAACUGGGUGAUGGUGAAGUGAGCCAGACCACAGAGGGCUUGCCCUUCCAACACUCCCCUCUUGGCAAGCCCGUGGUAAGGGCUGCAGCCAGCAGCCUCCUGAGUAAAAGCUCUCCUGUGAAGAAGCCAAGUCUUCUAAAGGCCCAACAGUUUGAGGGAGACCUUUUUGAUUCUGGCUCUGAGGGCUCCGAGGGUCUCGGGCCGUGUGUGCCGUCCCUCAGUACCCUGAUAGGCACUGUGGCUGAGACAUCUGAGGAGAAGUACCGCUUGCUCGACCAGAGAGACCGGGUCAUGCGGCAAGCUCGGGUGAAAAGAACUGAUUUGGACAAAGCAAGGACUUUUGUUGGGACGUGCCUGGAUAUGUGCCCUGAGAAGGAGCGGUACAUGCGGGAGACACGGAGCCAGCUGAGUGUGUUCGAAAUGGUCCCAGGGACUGACCAGGUGGAGCUCUGCAUCCCCCCGGGGGGUGGGGGUAGGGUGUGCAGAGGAGAGGAGGCUUUUUCUUUUGUAAUUUCUGUACGAAUGGAUAUUUGAUUUGGGCAUUAGCUGUUUUCAGAGGGUGCUAUAAGUAUUUUUAAACGACAGUAUAUUAUUUGAUUAUAUAGCUCUGUCAAAACUUCUCAUUUUUGCAAUCAAUAGGCUGCUUCUCAUUUUUCAGUUUUUCACAUCCACUGUACCCACUUCAUGUGUGAGGAGCCCAUGUCCUCCUUUGAUGCCAAGAUCAACAAUGAGAACAUGACCAAGUGCCUGCAGAGUCUGAAGGAGAUGUACCAGGACCUGAGAAACAGGGGUGUCUUCUGUGCCAGUGAAGCAGAGUUCCAGGGCUACAAUGUUCUGCUCAAUCUCAACAAGGGGGACAUCCUAAGAGAAGUACAACAGUUCCACCCUGCUGUUAGGAACUCCUCUGAGGUGAAAUUUGCUGUUCAGGCUUUUGCUGCGUUGAAUAGUAAUAAUUUUGUGAGAUUUUUCAAACUGGUCCAGUCAGCUUCUUACCUGAACGCUUGUCUUUUACACUGUUACUUUCAUCAGAUCCGCAAGGAUGCUCUCCGAGCGCUCAACAUUGCGUACACCGUGAGCACCCAGCGGUCCACUGUCUUUCCUCUGGACGGCGUAGUGCGCAUGCUGCUGUUCAGAGACAGUGAAGAGGCAGCAGACUUCCUCAGCCACCACGGUCUCGCUGUCUCUGAUGGCUACGUCGAGCUGAACCGGUCUGCAUUCCUGGAACCGGAGGGAUUAUCCAAGGCCAGGAAGUCAGUGUUUGUUACCAGGAAGCUGACGGUGUCAGUUGGAGAAAUCGUGAAUGGAGGGCCGUUGCCCCCCGUCCCUCGUCACAUCCCUGUGUGCAGCUUCAAUGCUCAGAACAAGUACAUUGGGGAGAGCCUGGCCACAGAGCUGCCGGUCACUACCCAGAGACCCAGCUUGGAGGUGGCAGGUGGUGGGAGAGGAGAGGAGGCUGAUGCAGAGCUGGACACGCCUACAGCUGGUCUCCUCCCAGAGCCUCUUCCUGCUCCCACACUCUCGCAGGCACCUCUGCCUUAUGUCCCGGCACUGACGCCGCCCGUGGCACCCAGCCUCGUCCAGCCCUCCGCACAGUCAGAGCUGCUUCCUCCAAAGCCCAUGCCCCUGUACUCUGAUGCGGACCUGGCGCAGGUGGUGGAUGAACUCAUCCAGGAGGCUCUUCAGAGGGACUGUGAGGAAGUCAGCACUGCAGGGGCGGCCUAUGCAGCCGUAGCUCUGGGUGUUUCUAAUGCUGCUGUGGAGGAUCUAUUGACAGCUGCAACCACGGGCAUUUUGAGGCACAUUGCAGCUGAAGAAAUGACUAAGGAAAGACAGCGAAGGGAGGAGGAGAGGCGGCGGGCAGAGGAGGAGAGGUUGAAACAAGAGAGAGAACUGGUGUUAACUCAGCUGAGCCAGGGCCUGGCUGCAGAGCUGACGGAACUCAUGGUGAUGGAGUGCGUAAGGGAAACCUGCUCCCAGGAGUUGAAGAGUGCAAUGGAGACAGACCAGAGGAGCCGCAUGGCCCGUUGCUGUGAGGAUGUCUGUGCCCACCUGGUGGACUUGUUUCUUGCGGAGGAAAUUUUCCAGACUGCAAAGGAGACACUCCAGGAACUUCAGUGUUUCUGCAAGUAUCUGCAGCGGUGGAGGGAAGCCGUUGCAGCCCGGAAGAAACUGAGGCGCCAGAUGCGGGCCUUCCCUGCAGCACCCUGCUGUGUGGAUGUGAACAACCGCCUGAGGGCACUGGCGCCCAGUGCAGAAUGCCCUAUUGCUGAGGAGAACCUGGCCAGGGGCCUCCUGGACCUGGGCCAUGCAGGAAAAGUGGGCAUCUCCUGCACCAGGUUACAGUGGCUCAGGAACAAGACAGCUCACCAGAUGAAGGUCCAGCACUUCCACCAGCAGCUGCUGAGUGAUGCAGCGUGGGCACCUCUGGACCUGCCAUCCCUUGUGGCCGACCACCUCCCUGGGAGGCAGGAGCAUCUGUUUUGGAAGCUGGUGCUGGUGUUGCCAGAUGGAGAAGAGCAGUCCCCAGGGAGUGUCAGCAGAAUUCUAGCAAAUUGGUUAAAAGUCAAGUUCAUGGGAGGUGAUGGCUUAGUGGAUGACAUGUGCAGUGAGGCUGGUGGGAUUGGGACACUCGCGCUUUUUAAUGCGCUCAGCAGCAAAGAGGAUCAGAUAGUUUCUGUCAACGUGUGUAUAAAGGUGGCCCAUGGUGCACUCAGUGAUGGUGCUCUUGAUGCUGCGGAGACACAGAAGGACCUCCUGGGAGCCAGUGGGCUCAUGCUGCUGCUGCCCCCCAAAGUGAAGAGCGAGGACAUGGCAGAGGAGGAUGUGUACUGGCUCUCGGCCUUGCUGCAGCUCAAGCAACUCCUGCAGGCCAAGCCCUUGAAGCCUUCACUGCCACUGGUGGUUCUCAUGCCCAGCCCCGGAGGGGAUGCCAUCGAGAAGGAAGUGGAGGAUGGUCUGAUGCUACAGGAUUUGGUUUCAGCUAAGCUGAUUUCAGAUUACACUGUUAUUGAGAUCCCUGAUUCUAUUAAUGAUUUACAAGGCACAACUAAGGUUUCUCAGGCAGUGCAGUGGCUGGUCUCCCGCAGCCCCUGUGCCCUUGACCUUUGCUGCCAGACCCUCAUUCAGUAUGUUGAAGACGGGGUUAGCCAUGAGUUUAGCGGCCGGUUUUUCCAUGACAGAAGAGAGAGGCGCCUGGGUGGCCUGGCCUCACAGGAGCCUAGUGCCAUCGUUGAGCUCUUCAACACUGUGCUGCAGUUCCUGGCGUCUGUAGUGUCCUCUGAGAAGCUGUGUGACCUGUCCUGGCCUGUCACCGAGUUUGCCGAGGCGGGGGGCAGCCGGCUCCUUCCUCACCUGUGCUGGAAUGCCCCGGAGCACCUUGCCUGGCUGAAGCAGGCAGUGCUUGGGUUCCAGCUUCCGCAGAUGGACCUCCCACCUCCAGGGGCCCCUUGGCUUCCCGUGUGCUCCAUGGUCAUCCAGUACGCCUCUCAGAUCCCCAGCUCACGCCAGACGCAGCCCAUCCUCCAGUCCCAGGUGGAGAACCUGCUCCAUAGAACGUACUGCAGGUGGAAGAGCAAGAACCCCUCCCCAGGCCAUGGGGUAGGGCCCUCGGUCGCUGAGAUCCCGUGGGAUGAUGUUGUCGCCUUGUGUAUCAACCACAAGCUGAGGGACUGGACGCCCCCCCGGCUUCCCAUCACGUCAGAGGCACUGAGUGAGGAUCAUCAGAUAUGUGUGUAUUUUUUUAAAAAUGAUUUGAAAAAAUAUGACAUUCCCUUGUUGUGGGAACAAGCCAGAUUGCAGACGCAGAGGGAGCUACAGUUGCGUCAGGGACGUUUGGGGAUAAAGUCUCUUCAUCCUUCUGCAAACAACUUCCCCACUCCGUUGCUUCGUGUGUACUGUAAAGGGAAGAGGAGCGCCGACUGUGGCCAGGAGGGGAGGAUUCCCAGUGCCGAGGAUCUGAUGCGAGGAGCUUCUGCUGAGGAACUCCUGGCGCAGUGUCUGUCAAGCAGUCUGCUGCUGGAGAAAGAGGAGAACAAGAGGUUUGAAGAUCAACUUCAGCAGUGGUUGUCUGAAGACUCAGGAGCAUUUACAGAUUCUACUUCCCUUCCCCUCUACCUUCCUCAGACUCUAGUGUCACUUCCUCAGACUAUCGAACCUGUGAUGAAAACAUCUACAACUACUAGGCCACAGAGCGAAAGGACAGGGGAGCGACUGCAGCUGUCAGAGGCGACAGGCACAUCUCUGACUGAACGGCUGAAGCACCUGGAAAGGCUGAUCCAGAGUUCAAGGAAUGAGGAAGUUGCGUCUGAACUUCAUCUUUCUGCACUGCUGGACAUGGUCGACAUUUGAGCAGCCUGACCUGAGGGAAGGGCGUCUCUCCAGAAGAGUUUCUGCUUUUACUCAAAAUAAUGUUAUUCUCAGAUGCUUGAUGCACUGUUGGAAAUGUGAUUAUUAAUCAUGCAAAUAAACCAUUCAUAUGUCCAGUGA